GCCAGUCAGAAAACUUGUCGAAUCCCAUCUUCUGAGUUUUAGGUGUUUUAAAGAAAUCAGUGGAGCAAAGGUUUGUUUACAAAUAUCGUACCCAGGCCAAGAGAUUGACGACCUAUGUUACGCACUACCUAGGUACAUGUGAUAAGUACAACUGGAAUGUCUGAAUCACUGGUUCGCUUGGUACCGACCCCAAAUUAUCAUGGAUACAGUGUGAAAUUCUGUCCUUUUAAUCAAAAUGUUGUGGCUGUUGCAACUGGACAGAACUUUGGACUUUCAGGUAACGGUAAAUUGAUAAUAACUGACCUUACUGGACCUGGAAAUGGAAUUGCUUGUGACUGUACAUGGAAAGAUGGGUUGUUUGAUGUUACAUGGAGUGAGGACUUGCCUUCACAUGCUGUCACAGCAUCAGGUGAUGGUUCAUUGCAGCUGUGGAAUACUACCAGGUCAGAGGCUCCAGUGACAGUGUACUCAGAACAUAAAAGGGAAGCAUAUAGUGUUGACUGGUGUCAAACCCGUGAACAACAAAUAUUUGUGUCAGCAUCGUGGGAUGCAACUUUGAAAGUUUGGGAUCCAAAACGUGAGAGGUCUCUAAUAACAUUAUCAGGGCACGAAGCAUUAGUAUAUCAAGCCAUGUGGUCUCCUCAUAUCCCAGGGUGUAUUGCAUCUGUUUCAGGUGACAGAACUCUCAAAAUAUGGAAUGUCCGAAAUGGGAAAUCCUCAAUUACUAUCAGUGCCUGUGGAGGAGAGGUUUUAACUUGUGACUGGUGUAAAUAUAACAAAAACAUCAUUGCCACUGCUGGUACAGAUAAUGCCAUAAGUGUCUGGGAUCUUCGAAAUACUGUUCAGCCUGUUUGCAGACUUGCGGGCCAUGAGUAUCCAUUGAGAAGAAUAAAGUAUUCACCAUUUGUGGAAUCACAGCUUGCUAGUGUUUCUUAUGAUUUCACCACAAGAGUGUGGGACUACAAGCUACCUGCUCCUUGCUUAGCAGUUCAUCAAAAGCACACAGAAUUUGUUUAUGGCUUAGAUUUUUCAAACCAUGAAGAAGGCCUCAUGGCAGACUGUGCAUGGGAUCAAACUGUUGGAAUAUAUAAAUUUCCACCUGCGUCACCGACUUUAUCCAACUAACGUUUUCAUCAUUUUACAUUUUUAAAACCAGCCCAUAAUUUCUAACUGAAAAUUAAAGUUGUUUAUUCCAGAAUGUUACACUGGUCUUUUCAGUGACAUGAGCAAUCAUUUAGUUUAUAGGGUUCUAUCCUGUAAAUAAAAUGGUAGCUGAAAUGUGAAUGAGAAUGAGACAUUCCCUCUAGAAAGACUCCCCUUUCCUCAGCCAAAAUCAUUCGCCCUUUUUCUUUCUAGUAUUUUAUAUUAGUCAAUUUUCAGAGAUGUGCUUCUCAUCAGAACUUCAGUAAUCAUAUUUAUAAACUUUUUUCAGUUAGCAUUCCAUAGUCAUGAAAUUGUUAUGGAACUAUUGUAAUAUUCAUCUACAGUUGAUCCCCAAUAUUCGCAGGGGUUAGGGACCACAGCCCCCACGAUUAUUGAAAAUCCGCAAUAUAUUGGAGCCCCCCUCUUAAAAUGCAUAUAUGUAACUGCCAGUUUCAAGCCAAUGAGCAUUAAGGAAAGCUGGUACCCUGUUGUGUGGUUGGCUCCUUCCAGCUAAUAGUUGUCAUCAUGGAGAAAGAGAGAGAGAGAGAGAGAAGGGGUGAACUGAGUAAAUAUCUUAAACUAAAAUGUAUAUUACCUGAUUAUUUUAAUAGUUAAAACAAAAAUAUACCUUGAACUAUUAUCCUAAAACACUUUGACAUCAUUUCAAGGUCAUCUUACAAUUUUACCAUUAAAAAUAUAUGGCUCACAGUAUCUUGUGAAAAGUUACCCCAAGUAAAAAUAAAUAUAUUUAAUACACUAUUAACAGCACGUACACAAAGGUAAAUAAAGAUUAAUUCACAAAACUAGGUUAUAAGAAUAUACAGUAUCAGUAAAAAAAGAAAAAAAAAAAAAAAAAGAGGAGGUGAAGCAUAGUAGCACUAAAUCCUGCUCUUCUAAUCCUUAAAACCAAUAGCAUGUCAUGCUACUAGCCAAUCAGCAUUGAGGUAACAUCCAUUAUUUAUAUCCUGCUGUGUGAUUCGCUACUUCCCACCCUCCCAGCCAAGAGAGACGGGCUGAACUAGUUGCUUACAUGGGUUAAACAAUUAAAAAUGUUAAUACAGUUGAGCCUCACUAUUCGCUGACUUGCCAAUUCGUAGAUUUCUCUAUGAACCGUAUACAUAUACCAAUUUUUUGCAGUUUUUUCACUAAAAUAUUCACAAGUUACUGUAUUUUCAUAUCAUUUUUGUGAUUAAAUGCACAUUUUGUAAUAAAACUACCAAAAUUCUCAGGUAUAAGCAUUUUUAAAGUUUUUUGUGUUUCAACUAUUAAAAUAGGAGUUCUAAGCAUUUUUAGAUGAAUUUUAAGUAUUCACGGAUUUUAGCUAUUCGUGGGGGUCUAGUACCCCAUCAUGGGAGGUCUACUGUAAUACAGUAUAUACUUCACAUUGAUACUUUGAUGUUUACAUUAAUAUUAAUAUUUGAAAAUUAGUAAAUCACUUAUUUAUCUUACAAAACAAACACAUAUUAGUACAUAUGCAUAAAAAUUCUCUCUCCUAUCUCAGUGAUAGAGAGAGAGAAGGAGCUCCAUAGCUCUGCAUGAGGUACUAUACGCUGCCGAUAGAUAUGGAGUGGUUCCAAGGCUGAGAGGGACAUGCUGUCAAUUGAGCAGGAGCGGAAGCAAGAGGAAAAAAUACAACUCACACACUAGUGACAGAUACCAAAGCAUCAUGGUACAAGUUUUGUCAUUGGCUACUUACAACUCUUUUAGCCAACAGCAUGCAGUCAUGAAAAGAGAGAGAGAGGGAGAGGUGAAGGUGCUUUUUCAUACAAUUAAUAGAUCGAUAUUAAGGGAUUUUCAUUUAACAUUUGAUGAUAUUUUUAAUAAUAUUUGAAAAUUAAAAUUAUUAAUCAUACAAAAAAAGAUAAAUGUUACAUGUGCAUAAAAAAUUCUCUUUUAUCUCAGUGAGAGAGAGGAGAGAGAGAGAGAGAGAGAGAGAGAGAGAGAGAGAGAGAGAGAGAGAGAAACAAAAAUACACUAUUGACAGUAUAUAAAAAGCAUUGAGAGCAACAAGAUUGAUUGUCAUUGGCUACUUCCCACUCCUUCAACAAAUAGUGUCGUCAUGGAAAAAGAGAGAGAGAGAAAUAGGGGUGAACAUUGUUUUUUUAUAUAGCACAUGUUACGAUGAUAAUAAAUCAAGGGAUUUUACAUUGAUAUUUGGCUGUUUACAUUAAUACUAGUAUAUUAGUAUUUAUAAAUUAGUAAAUUCAUUCUUUUAUCUUAAAAAAUGCAGUCAUGAAAAUAAAAUGAAAAUAUAGUAAUUAGUGAAUAUUGCUCUUUGAAAAGUGAAGUUUUCAUGAUAAAACUAAUAGUAUUGUAAUAUGAACUUACCUGAACACCUGAAUUAGCCCUAAUCCCAGCUACCCCGAACAGCUCUCAAUUACCCAUCCCACUAGAGGGAACUUUAACAGCCAGCUUUACCAACGCUUCAGGUAAAACUUUCCCUUUAGUUACCAUCACUGACGGUUGGCAAAGCUGAUGCAGGUGUGUGUCAUUACUCUUAUCUUCCUCAACUGCUUAUAUAGCUUCAAAUUGAUGUGGGGAAAGGAGGGUGGCAGGCAUUCAGGUGUUCAGGUAAGUAUUACAAUAUUAGUUUUAUUAUGAAAACUUCAUAUUGCAAUACACCACCAGAACACCUGAAUUAGCCCAGUUAACAACACUUAGAGGAGGAGGGAUCAAUUCUAUAGCCUGCCUCCUCAUAUACUGUAGAGAUGGUAACUCAGUAAACUAAUCUAUCUAAUAUCAUUAUUUAGCUUUACGCUCACUUUAUAUGUCAUUCUUUUCGGUGGAGAUACGUGUUGGAGAGUACUUUGAUUGUCUGUCGGGUCAGUAUUGUCUAUGUCUACUCCUUCCCAGAUGGAUCUUCUAAAGCUCUUGGAUGUGAAGGAGUGUGAUGAGCCUCCCAUGUGGCUAUUCAUAGCCUCUCAUGUAUGGAGGAGCAAGAACCAGCAUGCAGAGCCGUUGUCCCUCUUGGUAACCCCUCUAGGUUUGCUGAGGGUUUACGACCAGGUUACAAUGAUAUUUCCGCGCCAACACGAUAGCCUAGACUACGAGAGCACCCCCUCGGAAUCUCGUAGGGAGACUAUGACUACCUACAACGUACCUAGCUAUGUAUCCUAUUCUAGUAUCCCUUUUGUCUAGGCAUCUAGAGACCCAAAGGAGUUUCCUAUCUUGGUAUCAUAAAGACCUUAAAACUAAUCAUAUAUCACCUUCA